AUAAUGCUUUUGUUUUGCAUUAUUCUAUAUGCACAUUCCAUCGCUUAGAUUUUGUAGUUUAUAGCACAGUGCACUGUGGUUAAUAGUUUUAAAUCUAUUUGCAUUCCUUGUAAAGUUUAAAAUUGAUAUUUAAGUACAAAUUAGAAAACAAAUGCUAAGCUCAUAAUGUGUGUGGUGAAACUAUUUUACCUUCUCGGCGCCGUGAGCAUAGUUUCGGCCCAGUAUAAUCAGUUGGAACAAAAACAAAACAGAUGUAUUAUACCCAAAAUUCUUCAGGGAAGUUGGUUCUCCUGGGAAACUGGCACACCCACACUAACAGUCAUAGAUGCGACCUCGAUGUCACGCAGAGGUGUUUGUAUAACGAUGUCUGGACACGGUGAUGAGUAUCACUUUAUAUUUAAAGAGCGCUCAGCAAAUUGUUAUCACUGCGUCCGAACGGUCAUAAGGACGCUUAAUGUGUUUGAGAAAGUCGAAGGACCUUGCAUUUCUAUACUCGCGGGAUCAGAGCCAAGCGUGGAAAAUGUUUGUAAAGGAAUUAGGGACGACCAGCAACUAGUGACUUUAUUCAAUGAAAAUUUUGUGCCUCUCAAUUGUCGUUCUUCAUUAGAAGGCGUGUGGCACUUCACAUACCAGAAUCGGUUCCGGUUUACUGGUGUUUGUAAUAAGCCUGAUGCUCGCAUUCAAUCUUGUCAAACUGCUGGUACGCAGUUCUUGAUACAAAACCAAAAGUUUAACGUCACCUAUCAGCAGUGUGAGGGUAUGGAAGGCACCUUCACCGGUACAGUAGAGUAUAGUUGCUUAGGAGAUUGGUUUGUUGGCAAAAACCAUUACUUUGCGGUCGCCAAUACCAAGGAAUCGCGCAAAGAUGAAAAGUAUCGAUGCUUCCUUAAGAAUCGGGACGACGAUUUGUACAUUGGUGUUUCUAUUACGGCCGAAUGUAAUACAUUAAAAACGCCAGAAAAUUCACCAGAACGUCUAAAGCUUACACCUGUAAAAGCAGAAUACGUUGAACCGGGUUGCACACUUCCGCAAAAUUUUUCGGGUGAAUGGGUAAACACAGCAAAUAUUGAUGCUGAUGUAUCGAUUAGUGAAACUCACAUCAAUGAAACUUACUACCCAGAUCGAGCCCGCUACCGACGUACUAUAUAUGUUUGCCGUGAGCGGCGUGAUAAUCGAAUAAUGAUGGCACGUCUUACGGUUGACGGUUGCCAAAAAGAUUAUGUAUGUUUCGAUUUUCAGCCACGGCAUCAUAACAUCAUACGCUAUCGCAAGGGUUUAGCUGUUAUUAAGGACGAUUUCAGUACAGUAUGCUCCUGGGUGCAAUUCAAAAAUGCCGAAGCGUGGAAAUAUGACUUGUUUUUGGCAAAGAAUCCGUUGCCAGUACGUUGCCCUGUGGCAGGAAAAUUCAACUUUACACAGCAUGGAGAGCAUCCUUUUAAAACGAGAAUUCUUGGAGGUGUAACGCUAAGUCCUCGGCCGAAUAUACAUUGCAAGCAAAAUAUAUCAGAUAUGUCGGUAUGUGAUACGGAUCAAAAAGAACUGGCCAUUGAUGAAAAUUACUGUCUGUCAGUGGAUCAUUUGGGAAGGCCUGUGGAUAUAUAUAGUGAUCCGGAUUAUCGCAUGAAAUGCAUUGGUUUUUGGAAAGAGAAUCUUAAAUCCUAUCUUAUUACUUAUGAUGACCUGGAUCCGCUCUCUAAGUACCGAUGCUGGGUAUAUCAGCGCGCUGACUUAAAUCGCGUGUUAAUGUCACAAGCGGUUGGCGCCUUUUGUAAACUAAAUCAAGACGUUACCUCGUGGAAUCACACCGAGGGUGCAGCAGUUGCCAUUGAUGCCAUAGAAUACGAGCGAGAACGUGACGACUGCCCUAUGUACUUUGACGAUGGCGCAUACCCAUGGAAAGAUUCAGAUGCGUCCAACAUCAUAUUCGAUUGGGACUUUUAUAAGGCAUCAGCUAGUACUUUAAUAUCAUAUGCGAGUUUUUCUUUUAUAAACCUUAUAGCUUGCAUUCUAUUUUGGUUCUCAUAUCAAAUUUAAAUAUUUUGGGUUUGAGGAAAGUUUACAAAUUUCUCAAUUCAACGAAAUUAGUUUAAAAAAGAAUCUCUUAAUAGUGCGUAUCAUCUACGAAAAUAUAAAAUCGAAUGUGUCUUAUUACCUCUUAAGAAAAAAUUACUGAAGUGUACAUACAUACAUAUCAGAUGAAUACAUACCGUCCAUUGUAAACUAAAAAUCGUAUUUGUUAGCUUUAAGUUGACAUUUCAUAAAUAUCUGUAAUGCAAUAGUUAAUUUUAAAACUUUACAUAAAUAAUAUUUUCAAAUUCAAAAUGUUGACAUUAAAAAUAUAUAGCUAAAGCAAUAUUAAAUAUUUAAAUGUAAAAUAUUUAAAUAAAAUUAAAUUUAAAUUUUUUUUUAAUUUUUUAAUUUUUGAUUAAAGCUAACUUUGUGUACAUAAUUAAGGUUCGCUAUUUUUAAAGUUAAUUAAGGGAUUUCCUUAAACUCGUAGUCUUUAAGGCUUCCCCUUUAGUAUGGAAGUUUUAAAGUUGUAAUUUAUGGAUGAAAUUACCCUUUUUAUAACAACCAAAUGUACAUUUAUAAUCAAUAAAUUUGUACAAAUAUACUCAUGC